AUGGGCACCUUGUCAGACUUCGGGCAAAUUGCCUUAAAAUGGGAUCCCAAAAAUUUGGAAAUUCGUACAAUGUCCGUUGAAAAAACAUUGGAACCUCUGGUAUUGCAAGUUACUACAUUGGUUAAUACAAAAGGCCCCAGUAAAAAGAAAAAAGGUAAAUCUAAACGAGCAAGUGCUCUUGUCGCUGCUGUGGAAAAGGCAACUGAAAACUUUAUUCAAAAGGGGGAACAAAUUGCCUAUGAAAAUCCUGACAUUACACAAGAAAUGCUCUCGGCAGUUGACGAAGUUCGAAAGUCCGGCGAUGCAAUGAGUAUUGCUGCGAGAGAAUUUUCGGAGGAUCCAUGCAGUUCCCUUAAACGUGGAAACAUGGUUCGGGCUGCACGUAAUCUUCUUUCGGCAGUAACCCGACUGUUAAUUCUUGCUGACAUGGUUGAUGUACAUCUUUUACUAAAAUCGCUGCAUGUUGUAGAGGAUGAUUUAAAUCGUCUGAAAAAUGCAUCAAGUCAGGACGAACUUAUGAACAACAUGAGGCAAUUUGGGAGAAACGCAAAUGAAUUAAUAAAACAGGCUGCUAAAAGACAACAAGAACUGAAAGAUCCACAGCUUCGUGAUGAUUUGGCUGCAGCACGCGCAAUGCUGAAGAAACAUUCGACAAUGUUGUUGACUGCUUCCAAGGUUUAUGUUCGUCACCCUGAACUAGACUUAGCUAAAGUGAAUAGAGACUUUAUUUUGAAGCAAGUUUGUGAUGCCGUAAACACUAUUAGUGAUGUUGCACAGGGGAAAUCAUGUCAGCCUACAGAUAUUUAUAGCGGAGCAGGAGAAUUGGCAGCAGCUCUGGACGAUUUUGAUGAAGGAGUAAUUAUGGAUCCGUUGACAUACAGCGAAAAACGUUCCCGACAAUUGCUGGAGGAACGCUUAGAAAGUAUUAUUAGUGCCGCAGCUCUUAUGGCUGAUGCUGAUUGUACUCGUGAUGAAAGACGUGAACGUAUCGUUGCAGAAUGCAAUGCUGUAAGACAGGCAUUGCAGGAUUUAUUGACCGAAUAUAUGUCAAAUGUGGGACAGAAGGAUAAUUCCCCCGGUCUGGAUCGAGCUAUUGACCAGAUGUGUAAAAAAACUAGAGACUUGCGACGGCAGUUGCGUAAGGCCGUGGUAGACCAUGUUUCAGAUUCCUUUUUGGAAACGACUACACCCCUAAUUGAUUUGAUCGAAGCUGCAAAAACUGGUAAUGAGAAACUUGUUCGAGAAAAAUCAGAAAUUUUUACGAAACAUGCAGAAAAACUUGUGGAAGUUGCUAACCUUGUUUGUAGUAUGUCAAGCAAUGAAGAUGGCGUUAAAAUGGUGCGAUAUGCGGCCGCCCAAAUAGAAAGUUUGUGCCCACAAGUCAUAAAUGCUGCAUCGAUUUUAACAGUUAGACCAAACUCGAAAGUUGCACACGAAAAUAUGACCGCAUAUCGACAGGCAUGGGAAGUUCAAGUCAGAAUUUUAACUGAAGCUGUGGAUGAUAUAACAACUAUUGAUGAUUUCUUAGCCGUAUCGGAAAAUCAUAUUCUUGAAGAUGUUAACAAAUGUGUUAUGGCUUUGCAAAUGGGAGAUGCUGAAGUUUUACGUGUCACAUCUGGAGCUAUACAAGGAAGAUCAGCUAGAGUUUGUAAUGUUGUCGAAGCUGAAAUGGAUAAUUAUGAACCAUGCAUAUAUACCAAGCGCGUACUUGAAGCGGUUAAAGUCCUGCGUGAUCAAGUAAUGCCCAAGUUUGACCAACGAGUUGAUGUUGCUGUUGAAGCACUGUUAUCGAAAUCUAAUAAGGAAGUUGAUGAAAAUGAAUUUAUAGAUGCAUCUCGCUUAGUUUAUGACGGAGUAAGAGAAAUACGACGAGCCGUAUUAAUGAAUAGA